AUGGUUGCGCCGGCUGUGCCCGAGCUUACCGAGGAGAUUCUCUCCGAAUCAAUUGAAGCCCGAACCGAGUCCCUCAUCUCCCUUCGCGAGCUUGGCCCUCCCGACCUCGUCCAUCUCCUGAAGCAGGCCACGAGAAACCCUGGCAAGCAGAUCGGAGUCUACCACCACGUCACCGGUGUCGACGCUUCCUCCUCGGCAAGUCUUGCUGCCUACAUCAACACCCUGACCUACCGCGAGCAUGGCCAGGCUGUGCAAACAAAAAUCUCGGAAGGUCUCUACUGCUGUUACAAUGCCUUCUCCCGACUCGACAUGCGAGUCCAUGUAACAAUCCCCGGAACCGUAGAAAGCUACUGCGUAGACGAACGAGGCGAGAAGCGUAAGGCGACGGAUGACUUGUGGUUGGAGACCUACCUCUGCAGCGUCCUCCGAGCCUACUCCUACGCCGAUGACGGUAGCGGAGAGACGAUUCGGAAGAUUAUGGGUGUGCGCAGAUACAACCCUGUUACCAACACCGAGACCGAACACCGCUUCCUUGGUGCCGCCGAGCAGCUCUUCUUCCGAGGCUGGCAGCUGGGUUCAGACUCUGUCGUUCAAGUGCCGAACAAUGUCUCAAACCAUUUGACCGCAGGCCUCUUGAAGUAUUUCCAGACCACCGGACGCCAUGCUUCCGGCAUCAACCUUUUCGAGAAACUCAGAGACCAGAACAUCGAGGUUUCCUCCCUUUUGGCCAAGGUCCUGUUCAUGGGCAACGAGGAAGUCCAAGGUGUCAAGGUGCUGCACCAGGCACUGAAAGAGUCACCGAUGGACUACGUCAUGCUCGACACGCAGGCUGAGUUCCUUCUCAGAAAGGCGCAGACCGCCGCAACGCCAGAAUUGAAGGAAGAGAGGCUUCGCUUGGCCCUGGGCUGUGCCGACCGCAGUACCAUUGCUGCUCCUAGUGAAUUCGGCACAUGGGCGAGACUGGCGCAAGUCUACGUGGCAAUGGAGGACUGGGAGAAUGCCCUGACCAUUCUCAACUCCUGUCCCAUGUUUACGUACCAGGAUAAGGACGCGCCUCAGAUGCCCGAACCGAAGGAUGUUCACCUCCCAACUCUUCCAGAGACCCGCUUGGACGAGAUCGACAGCGAACCCGAGUCUAGAUACUCUGAGCAGGUCGAUGCUAGUCUCCUGAACCUCCGUGCUUCGGUUUAUAAGGGAACCUUCAAGCAGGCUUACGGCAUCCUGACCGAGAUGACUUCCAAGAUUGGAUGGGAUCAGCUACUCAAGAUCAGAAGCACUGUGUUUGUCAUGGAGGACGAAUACCGCUCCGAGAAGCAGGAAACCUCGCAGCCUCAACGUAACCCCAGCACCGACGGCCUUCGUGGAACCCCAGACCCGACGACCAAUGGCGAUCGAUCGGACUCGGAGAGUGACGACGAGGAUGGAGAUGAGGAGAAGAAGGCGAAGCCGACAGAUGCCGAUUCCACCGCCGAGACGUUGGCACCAAAUGGACAGACAGAGGGUGAGGCUGUAGAGAAGCCUACUCACGCGAUCGACCCUGGUGAACUGAAGGGCGACGCAGAACCCGGUGCGCAGACCGACGACCAUCUAUCUAAGCUGAACAAUAAGCGGCUUUGCGAGCGCUGGCUUGAUAGCCUCUUUAUGGUGUUGUAUGAGGAUCUGCGUGUCUAUACAAUCUGGCGCACGCAGAUGGCCCAGUAUCGCGCGCAGUCCAUGCAGUAUAAGAAGUCGGCUGAAGAGUGGGAAAUUCUAGGCUCUCUGGCAGAGAGACUCCAGCACCCAGAAGAAGCUGUGGAGGCCUAUAGAGCAUGCCUCGCCGCAAGGUUCAGCCCCAAGGCCUUGACUGGCAUCCUCCGCGUUUUUGAGGAAGGCAAAAACACUCGCGAGACGGUCGCAUCAGUCAUUCGUCUCGUUACCUGGCAGUACAGAUGGUACUCGGAGUUCUCACCAGAGCUUCUCCACACAGUCCGGACGCUCAUCGAGGAUGAGGGUGCAGUCAAGAUCAGAAGCAUCAUCCAAGCCACCAGCCUCCCACAGAACGUCCUUGAUCUGACCCAUCAUUACGCUGCGCUUUGCGCCACUUUCCGCAGCAGCGGCACCGACGGUUAG